UGUCCCUCACCUUGAUCCCGCCCACCGCCCUCCCCUCCUGCCUCGCCCUAGACGGACGUCCCGCCCUUACCCUCUUCCCCAUGUCGACCGCCGUGCUGUCCAGCCUCUUGACGAUGCUGCCGUUCAACCGGUUCCCGGUGCUCGCGCCACAACAGAGCGCGACGCGAUCAGAGCUCCCGGAGUGCUCGAACUCCUUUGGCGCCCUCCCUGCUGAUAUUCUGGCUGAGAUUGCUCUUUAUCUGGACUGCGUGGACUUGCAGAGCGUUGUCGUACUGUCCAACCACAUCUAUGACAGCGUCGCUCCCGUCCUGUACCGCCAUGUCGUACUCAAGAGUUUUGAGAAGUGCCGGACCACUCUCAACAUGCUCAGCCGAAGACCGGACAUCGCCCGUCACGUUCGGAGCCUGCUUGUAUCCCCUCGCUCCCUCCAACGCGCCAGGCACGUUUUCUCCGACAGCGCGGUCAUCUCCGACAUGGUUCGCAUGCUGGCAGCGUCCAAGACGCUAGUAUCGCUCAGCAAGUUCAUUUGGGCGGACGAAGAGCUCCCGUUCUACGACGACAUGUGGUUCGCAUUGCGUGCGGGCUGUGAAGGGCUGAAAUAUGUGGGCACGACAAUAGGCUCCUACUCACCGACCUCUCGAAGCAAUCUGUUCGAUUUCACCGAUCUGACCGGUUUCUCCCUCCAACUAGAGCCGAGUUUCUAUAAUGAUAAUCUGCAUCUCUCCCUGGAUCACUUCUUCGACAUGGAUUACGGGCUCACGCACCCUCUGUGGGAAAUGCUGAUGAACAAAUGUCCCAACCUCGAGGAACUUCGUAUAGAGGGUCGCUCUAUAUUCCCAGUGGACGUGAAUCGCCUGACGGACGGCCGCUGGCCCAAGCUUCGCACUCUGGUUCUGGGUGAUGUGUCGGCGGAUUGGGCUCCUCGCGGCGCGCUCGUGACCGACGAACGUCCUUUCGCAGAGUUCUUGGAGGCCCAUCCAUCCUUGGAAAACCUAGAACUCUCGCAACACAGCGUCAGCAUCUCUACGCUCCGUCGAGUUUCUCCGACAGCCGUGAAAGUGACGUCUUUCUGCGGGAACCUGGACCAGCUGCAAGCUCUGCCGCACCUGUACCGAAACCUUACGUCUCUCGCCUUCCGGGAGCCAUUGCAGACGAGGGAGGUUACGGCUUUCAGCAUCGCGGGACUUCUUCAGCACAUGCCAAACCUUCGAGACCUGCGCGUCGCGUUCGUCCUGAACUCCAGCUACGACAGCCAGAACAUAUUACGCUCCUUGACCAACGCAUGCCCAAAGCUGCAGAACCUAGAACUGAGAUGCACGCAGAAGCAGGCGUUCUCGAUGUCCGAGUUCUCCAAAUCCAUCCGCUGCUUCACCCGCCUGCGGACCCUGCGUCUGGCGGUCGUGAAGACUCCGGGGGACGACCUCGCGCGCAGCGCGGCCCAAAUCGCCCGCGUCAACCCGCGUCUCGAGCACUUCACUCUGACCUUCCUCCCUCCCGUCAAGCGCGGCUUCCUCUCCAUCUUCCCCGCCCUCUCCGUCGACAUCCCCGCGAGCGCGACGGGCCGCUUCACGCUGGUGACGGACACGCACGGGCUGCCGCUGAGCCUCGCGGCGCACGAGCAGCAGUGCGUGGCGUGGCCGAUGGGGCUGGGGGUGUCGAGUAGCUCGCGAAAGUACGUAAGCGACUUGAGGCCGGUGGGGACGCCGGGGAAGAAGGAGGGGUUGAUGACGCUGUUGACGGAGAAGAGUGCGGCGGGUGAGGAGGUGCGGAUGAUCCUUUUCUGCACGGUGCUCGUGUGCCUUGCUGGGUAUGGUUUUGCGACGAGGUGACCAUGGCAAGAUGAAUCUGCGCGUAUCGCGUGCAUUAUAAAUGGUUGAAUAGACGGCGACCGGAACGACGAUUGAGGAUGAACGUUUAUUUGCUUGUAACAUUCGUAUCGCGUACUGUAUUUGUAUUUAAUCCUGAUAUGCUAGUGUGUAGAACAACCAGUAGUUUCUGCAUGUUC